AUGUCUACUGAUUUGCAUCUGUUGCUUUCCGUUCAACCGUCGAGGAAGAAAGACCCUGAAUUGCUAUUAGCCGCCGGUAGACCACGAAAAUACCAUACUAAAGAAGAGUUGAGGGAGGCGAAUCGCCGCGCAUCAAGACAGUAUUACCAUCGAAAUCGAAAGGGUCCCAUUUGGGUCCUCAGUGGAAGGCCAGAGGUCCUACCCCUCCGUGACAUCAGUCGAGACUCCCUUCCAGAUUGGCUGGCGCCUGAACUCGUGCCCCAGUAUCGCACACUGCAGCAGCUCCAAACGAAAUUCCGGUUGAUGACAUCGGCAAAUCGGUACCAGGAGCUCAAGAACAUCUCAAUUCGAUACCUUGAAUCCAGGCAAAUUCAAGUCAUCGACUCAGAGGUCGAAAAAUACAACAGUAUGUACAAAUUGGCGGAAGAACAGGAGGACAUAAUCUUAAGCGCCGAAGGAAGCGCUCGAGCUCCUCUGUACAUUAAGGCUCGGGAAAUGACGGCCGAGAUUCGGGAGCAUGUUCAUCUGAUUGAGGACAUGCUCUCAUACGCCUUAGUCGGGUACUCUGAGUUUUCGCGGAAAUACUACCGGGAGGAGCUUGAUUUCCAGAAGGAGUGGCGUCAGCAAGAUCCCACUGCCUAUGUGCAGACUGGCCCUGCGCGAAGAACCGAGGACUCUAGAACGAUGACUACACCAUAUCCAUACGGGGUUGUGUGGCGGAUUCCUUCUCGUUGUUACCUUCCCCAUUCUACCUCUACAAUGCCGCCUAAAGGGUACAGCAAGCGACAUGUCUGUGAGCGCGACGACCCAGUCAAGUCGUUCAGGGUAAAGAUUCAUCGUAAAGGACCCGGAACGCCAAAGCUGAUACUGGUACCCGACAAGAACCGAACACCAUCGUCCAAAAGGUCAGGGGGAUCAACAUCAAAGUCAGCAUCAAAGCGACGUAAAGUGGCGCACUUGGGGGAUCCAUUGAUGGAUACCUCAUCCGUGGAUGACUGGGUGGACGAGGACCUCUUCAUACCAUUUGACACUACGGAGCUGGGAACCAAGACUGUCAAUUCACCCAACGAUUACAUGCGAUACUGGCUGGAGCACAAGCAAUCCCUUUAUUUGGACGAGGUGGUUUCUGCAGAGGUCUGCGCGCUGGUUUGCGCGAUAUGCAGAUUAGACAAGGGAGAUAUCUGGCGAUGCAAAGAUUGUCUAGGACGACCUGCUCUCUGUGGGAUUUGUUGCAGAACCCAACAUUUGGCCAAUCCCUUUCACCGAGUCGAGAUAUGGAAAGGUGAACACUUCAGCCCGUCUUGGCUUUGGAAAACUGGUGUUCAAGUGUCUCUCUGCCGGAGUGGCUCUUGUUGCAACAUUGCUAGCGAAGGCUCAAGCUCCCCGCCAUCUAUCAGCCACGACGACAACGAUUGCACCUUUGGGGCCAAGCCGGAGGGAUCACACCUCGGAGACUCCAAGACUCUUGUUGUUGUGCACACCAAUGGAAUCCACCAAAUCCCAUUUGUGUUCUGCUACUGUGAAGACUCCCCCGACGACGACAUCCAGUUGCUGCGAAUGGGGUUCUAUCCCGCGACACAGAAGGACGUCAAGACCGUCUUCACCUUUGCAGUGAUGGACACAUACCUUCUAGAGAACCUUGAGUGCUAUACGUCCGCGUUUCAUUUUUAUUCCAAACUGCGACGCCUCACCAACGAAGUGUUUCCAAAACAAGUACCGAAUCGAUACAGGGAGGGCCUGAGAUGCGGUCGACAAUGGAGAAAAUUGAAGGAGAUGAAGAGAUACGGUCUCGCACACACUCGAGCGACCCCUCAGGAGGGAGAGAUGGCGCUGUUCUGCGCUGCCUGUCCUCAGCCCGGGAUGAAUCUCCCUGAGGGAUGGGAACAUGAUGAAGAACAGUGGAAGUACGGGAUAACUUUAGCAGCGGAUGGGAAUUUCAGUCUCCUGCAUCGAGAACAAAAGAAUACUGACGAUGUUUGGCUCAAGAAUGGGGAGGGCUAUCUGGUGGAACGCACGCGUUAUGAGAAGCACCUCAAGGUCACAAGUGAGGAGAGGGAGAUUCCAACGUGUCAUGAGCAUAGAGCAGUCGAAGACAAGUCAAAAACCACUAAAGGCUGUGACGUCACGGGGGUUGGGGCGUAUGCUUGCUCUAGACAUGGAUGCUUUGUUCCAGGAAGCGUUGUGAACUUCCACCGAGGGGAACGGCAAAUGUAUAUGGACUAUGGAUUAAGCAAUAGCAUCAAGACCACGAGCGCGGACAAGAUGAAGAGGUUGAUCCUUCUCUACGACAUUAACUGCCAGUACUCUCGCAAUCUCAAAAAGCGAUUCGAUGCUGGUCCAUACCUUUCCCUUCCGUCAGACCUCGAAUCCUCACCUUUGGGAUUGGCCAGUUUCACAUACUCCCCCAUGUUCAUCAAGGGCAUUGGUUACACAUCGGGGGAGAUCCUUGAAGCAUUGUGGUCGGUGUUGAACGAGGCCUCUAGACCCACUCAGACCAUGUCGCUAGCCCAUCGCACUGAGGUCCUAGACGCAUUCAUCGCCGACAGCAACUGGAAGAAAAUGCUCAAUCUAAUGGUUUCCAUUCCUGCUAUGUUCGCGAGAUCAGUCCGUGAAAUUGCGAGGGCCAGAGAAGCCUUCGAGCUGCUGGACCAGACCGCAUCUUCAUCCCAAAGGGCUAUCUGGCAACAUGCGCUGGAUAAGGCGCUCAGUAAACGAGUUCAUGAUGUCGCAGAGAUGGACAUAUUGAACGUUUCUUUAAACAAACCUCCCUCGCGAGCAAAGGUCCAGCAUAAACUCAUGGUUGAAGAGCAAAACCAGAAUAUUGGGGCUUUCCGCCGUUCCCUUCCCCGUCAGUCCCUUCGCACCGAUGCCCAGGAGCUGGAAUUGGUGAAGAAGAGGGAGACUCUGCAUUCAGAGAUAUCCUCAUUCUGGACCUCCACCCAAAUCCUAUUUCCAGAUGUCAAUCUCGACCAGUAUCGAUAUCUCAACCCGCCUGAGAGUGCUGCGGACAUUGACGGGGAGGAUCAAGAUAGCGAGCCCAUCCUCUUGGACUAUGGAGAUAAUCCAUUUACAGAGGCACCUGACCCAGAGGACGUGGAUAUACCGCUGCCUUCGUCGUUUGAUCGUCUCCCUACCCUGAUGAGGAGCGCUGGCCGAAAGGAGAUCAAACUGAGGGUUGCCCAAGCCAACGAUGCUCUUGAGGCCAUUCGGACGGAAAUAGGUCACAAGUCCUACCUUUUCCGCUCAAACAUCCGACUCGCAGAUGGCAAGAAGCAGAAAACUAGGGGGUAUGCCGCCGUAAAAGCCGCCAACCAAGCAAUUCGAUUAUCUAUGCGCGUCUAUGAACAGGCGCGUUGGGCCUUGCAACGGCUUGGGGCGAACACGGAUAUACUCGGGCGGUUUAAACCUCUUGUUAAGGAGGACACCAGAGCUAUAACGGCAAUCUACAGACCCAACGAGCCUGGGCAGACCAAGAGCUGUUUGUCAUGGAUCUGGGGAGUCGAUGUUCAGGGUGACUCUGUGAAUUCGCCAUAUCUCCAAGAACUAUAUCGCGUUAACUGGCUACGCUCCCGCUGCAGGCUCGACAGAUGGGAGGAAGAACACAAGUUGUUGAAGGCAGAAAUGGAUUGGGUGUGUCGGUUCUUCGACACCAAAGCCGAUGUCUGUCUUGGUUGGGCUCAACUGACGGAGGGAAAGCCAGGCCAUCAAGCGUAUGCUCACAGGCAAGCUGAAACAUGGAGGCUACUAGCGGCUGACGCGCGCUCGGCAUUUGAGAAGUCAAAAAAAGAGGUAGAGAAUAUCGUUUCUGGAGACGUCGACGACUUUUCCAAUGGCCUUGGUCUCCUGCUCUCGGCGCGAUCUAUUGCUGCUGGAGGCCACAAGGUCAUCCUCAUAACUGCAUCCUUCUCCAUUAGCAUGAUGCCCCCAAACCUUAAGACCGCGAGACCUUUGGAGUAUCUUUCCAUGCGUCUGUUAUGCUCGAUCCACGAGUUCGUCCAUCGCCGGGCAGGGAUGACAACUCAGGAGGCAGAUGAGUUCAGCAGAUGUAUCUCGAACGAGCUGGCCCAAUCCACCAUCCUCAUCGGCUGUGCCGUGUUGCGAUUUCCAUCACUUCGGCUUGCGCCACGCUCGCUCUAUCGACUGUUCGCUCUCUUUCUGCAUUUUGACGAACCUGAUCUGGACCACCUAGACGCCUGUCUGGUUGACUGGGAUCCGGACAUGGACAGCCUUGUAGGUACUAAUGUCCGAACAUCGUGGUGGAUGCUCGGUCAAUGCCCGCGCCAGUUCCCGUUGGAAGAUCUUUUGGGCUCUUGGAAGGAUUUGCCCGGCUAUCAACCUCCUCUUCACACUCGGGAGAUCGACGAUGACGCCUCGUUCUUGAUGCCAUCUCGCCUUUCCGCGCUUGAAACCCAAAUCCAGCUUUUCUUGGAAUGCGUGGACGCCGAACUGGAGGCUCAGGAUCGGGAGACCAUGCGCAUUUCGGAUCUGAGCGCUUCUGUUGAGGAAAGUUGGCUGCCUCACGAGAUCGAAGGCGGCCCCAACGCGGACCUUGGAGAGGGGAUUUCACCCAUCAUGGACAUCUCGUCUCCAAGCACUGACCUCCUGCCACGAAUUCUCGCUUACAACGUUGAGCGCGUGCGCAAUUCUUUGAACUGGGCGUGCAGAGUUCAGCUGUCUGACGACCAGCAAACACUCGUCUCUAGUUGUGUGCGGUUGGAAGUGGAAGAGAUGCUCCGCGUUGUUGCGAUAGCCCACGCGUCUUCAGGUCUGCCCUGUAACCCUGACCUAUAUGAAGCCAUCGCAAAGUUGGUAUUCUCAUCAAACAUCACAUACAACAUGGUGUUUGAUGGAUCUCUUCGACUGGCUCUGGGGCACCCGCGCCAUGCGCUUCAACCCCCGUGGGUACCGUCGGUGUUGAACUGCAAAAUGCCAGAGGGAAUGAGGCUGGACUUUUUAGGUGCCAGACGCAUUGUGGUGACAUGGUAUCCCGCUAGUGAAUGGUCUUAUGCGAUGCGCAGGCUCCACCGGAACAAGCUACACUACCGAUGGAACGUCAUCAACAAGGUAAUCACAGCGAUGGAUGAUGACCUGCUAGCCCGGCGGGAAAGGAUUGACACCCUCACCGCCGUGGCUACCGAAAUCAAACUCCUGCGCUUCAAAAACGAUCCCACUGCCCCCAGACCAAUUCCUCCAAAGGAACUCGAUCUCGGCCUUCAAUCUGAAUGCGAAGUAAUUGCCGACGUCACAUUCGCGGCUUUUAGGAAUCCCAGUGCGUCUGUCUUUGGCUCAGAGUGUCCCAAAGCUGACUUUGAUAACCCAGAGCAGGUCAAAUGGUCGCUGACCGAGUAUACCAAGGCUUCCAAGGGAGGGAAAAAAAUAGCCGCUCCCGACCGGGAAAACACUCUUCGCGACAAAUUUCCAGGCGUUUCAAGCGUAAAGCCUGAUGGAAAAUUGGAAAUCAUAGAUGAGCCUUUUUGUGUGCGCGACGCCAAAGAAGUGGUUUUGGCGUGGUAUCUCCCAGGCGUAAUCACGGUUGAACGUCAGGAUGAGAUAUCUUACGCUAUCGAAUGGCUUUCGACCACCCCAAACCCACCUGCGCUCGUGAUUGACACCGAUGCAAGUCAAAAAAACUUUCGGGCACACCCCUCCCUCUUCUCUCAAUCUCAGUCGGGGACCUUUAGGAGUGGCGUGGCAACGUACGCCUCUGCCUGGCCCAUGCAAGGUCAUCUCGACGGUCCAUUUGACCCUUCAGCCAGUUUCAAGAAUCCAAAGCAAGGGGGCCUUGACUUCAUCAAACUCAUAUCUCAGAGUCUAGCCGUUUUGGGCGGCAUCUUGGCCCUAGUCCACCCCGCCCUGUUCCAGGCUGGAUUGGACGCUCUCGCCAACCUCGGAUCUGGUCACAUCGAUAACGUGGAAAAUCGCAAGUUAUUGAAAUCUGUCCUCAGGCACUGGAGCACGCCCUUUACAGCCAUAUCGGUCAUUGUCAAUCGCGAAUCUCCCUUCCACACCGACGCAGGCAGUCAUCCAAGUAGUUACGACAUGCUAUAUGCUGGAGGGUCGUAUCGCGGCGGGGUAUUGGAGAUUAAAGGCAUCGACGUGCGGGUGAUGUAUGAACCAGGCACUGUGGUGCUCUUUCCAGCUGGAGUAUUUCCCCAUGGUGUUCCUUCGGUGCACGGGGAUCGCUUCUGCAUUGCUCACUUCUUUCGGCAUAGUGUUCUGGAACAGGUUCCCUACUUUAGGCCUCCCGCCCUCCCCAAGUUUGUUCACCUCAGUGAUAUUUACUUUAACGGGUUCCCCGGUGUCUGA